GCCUUGUGUCCUUAUGAGAGAAGUGUUCGUCACUCGAGCAAGAAACGUGAUGCUGGAUCUCGUAUCUUACCGAGCGACAUGACAGGAUUCAGCGGCGCACGGUCGCAGCAAUGUCUUCCCGGAUGCUGACGGCUCCCAAUCGAAACCUCCUUCUUCCACACCCAAGAGCGCAUCGUCCUAAGCCACGACACGACAGCUGAAGUCUCGAGGUCGAACCCAUCUCUAGCUGAACCAAGCAUUCUUCACGCACGUACGCAGGCGAGGCCGAUACACGACGACGAGACAAGUUCGAGACGUGAGGCGCAGCACUGCCACAUUAUGUCACAAGCCACACCCAUCACCAAAGCCUCGGCAGUUCUGCCAUCCAUCUAUCGAUUUCUCCUGACAAACGUGGAAUCACUCUUCGCCUUCGGUGGCGUCGUGAUGGUCUUGGUGAAACCAGAAGACUACGUCAAGGCCCUCACUCGCGAGAAUGUCGCCUCCAUCGACACUGCCACGAACUUUAUCUACACGCAGCUCGGAGGCGGCUGGGCCGUGAUCGUCUUCCUGGAGGCCGUCGUCAUGAGAUACGUGGACGAUGUUCGGGUCUGGAAGUUGCUGUGCUGGGCCAUCUUGAUGUCUGACGCACUGUACACGCACUCGAUGGCGCAGGCUGUUGGCGGCUGGGCGAAAUGGGCUGUGUUGUCGAAUUGGACUCUGAAUGACUGGGUUGCGGCUAUCACGACUUGGCCGUUUGUUCUGACAAGGGUUGCUAUCGUUCUCGGCAUCGGAUAUCGCAAGGACAAUAGCCUGAAGAGAGCUUGAGACAAGGCAUGCUGCAAGGUGAGGAUGGGGACGAAAAUGGAUACCCAGAACAUAGUGCCUCAGGCCGGGACGUAGAUCGCCAAAGCCGUCCGGCGCCUGCGUUUAAAGCUCGGCUCCAUUCAGAACAACUUAUGCUACGGUACCCUCCGAAGACGAUAGCAUAUCAAAUUUUGCCUAUGCGCCAUUCUCAAACAUGGCCUACGAGACUGGUUCUCUGGUAUUGGCUGCUUUUCAGUGACACGCCUUGCAAACCGGCAGCCGCCCGCUUAUUCUCCGGCCAGACCAUGUCUCCACGCUGCCCAUUCAGAUUCACACAUUAACCGCAUACAUCUCGAGACGCCGCAUUGUGGCAUACAGCAGAUGCCAGUUGGCAAGUCUGCAAGUACAAUCAUGGACUAGUAUUCUGUAUUUUGAGCCUAUAAGAAGGGCAUGCUGAAGCAGACCAAUUUCGCAUCUCCCCAUCAUCCAACAUACAACAAAACAAAUCCAUACAAUGUCGAACCUUCCAAAGCUCAUUGGGUAUAGCCUGAGCCAGCUGACUGCGCCAUGGAGGGCUGCACUUGAGACAUACUUGAAAAAUGGUGCUGUGAAGUCGGUGAGAUCGAAUCUGCCGAGAUAAAGACCCGAGACGGACAAAGUCCCGUCCACAAAUCUGCUUACAACCCGAAGGACAAAGAAGACAUACUCAGCGUGCGCAUUACGCCGGUAGAUAAAAGCCAGCGCGCCUACACUCACCACAUCUAUGCGGACGGGAAGGGCACUUUCAAAAAGGGAGACAAACGAGAGUAUUCCACGGCGACAGGCAGAAGAGAGUGAAAGGAUCUACGAUAAUUAGUUCCAGCAAGGAAGAAUUUCCCAGGGGCAUCAAUGAGUCCGCACAAUCGUCAUUCUCGCUUCUCCCAGUCAGCGUCUGGAAUUCCUCAUAGGUGAAUUAGUGUCGUUGGAUUGUUUGUGUACAAAGGGCGCAAGGCCGUUCGGCCUAGCCAGCGCUCAGGGACUGGGCGCUUAGUUCGGCUUAGCGGCGCAUGUCUGGCGAAUCGGAGUCUUUUGCGGUGUGACGCGAA